GAGCGGUCGAGUCUGUCAGCAUUCUGCGAACAAAGUUGAACCAGCCGCCGAAACGUUCAACCCCCGCAGUUGCUACAGCGGACGAUCGCGACCCGAACAGUCUGUUUGGCAUUCAAAGACUCCACGGUGUCCAGGAGCAGUAUCGAUCGAUCGGAGCUUUAUUCAGCUAGUAAGGUGCGGGGCUAGAAAAAAUGAUCUUCAUUUACGCGGCGAGCAUCUGCUUGCUGUCCAGCUACGCCGUGUCCGCCAUCCCGAAGCCGGACGAGAAGCGCGUCCUGGACCACGAUCCACUCAGCCACGCGCAGCACUAUCAGAACGACGAGCACAACAAGCAGUACGAUCACGAGGCGUUCCUGGGGGAGGACGCCAAAACGUUCGAUCAGCUCGAGGCGGAGGAAAGCAGACGUCGCUUGGGACUCAUCGUAGAUAAAAUAGAUGGCGACAAAGACGGGUUCGUUAAUCUGUCCGAGCUCAAGUCGUGGAUUCAGUACACGCAGCGGCGCUACAUCGACGAUGACGUCAACCGGCAGUGGAAAACGCACAACCCAAACAACACGGAGAAGGUGCACUGGGACGUGUACCGGCAGAACGUGUACGGCUUUCUGGACGAGCUGGCGUCGCGCGAAGGCGACGGUCAUCCGGCCGAUGAGCACUUCUCGUAUCGCGCGAUGAUGAAGCGCGAUCGGCGCCGCUGGAGCAUCGCGGACCGGGACGGUGACGAUCAGCUGACGCGGGAAGAGUUUACCGAUUUUCUGCACCCGGAGGAGAGCGAACAGAU